CGGCAACCCCUAAGCUGGGGGGAAGGUAGCUACUCUACUCUAUGCUAUGUAGCCUCGCAAUCGUCGUUUGGAGCUCUCUAGUUACCACAGUUCAACCAGCACAGCCAAGGUCCAAGGCCCGUCCAAAGGGUACCGGUACACCGCGGAAGGUAGGUACAGCAAACCUACAUCGAAGCACUCACCCAUCGGGCCGGAUCGUCCCCAGGGCCAUGGAGGCGAUCAACAACGUCUUCCACGACCUGCGAGGGUGGUGGCGGAACCAGAACACCCAUUCGCAAGUGUCCCUUCUCAGCCCGAAUCCGGUGCCCGCAGAGUCCACUUCCACUUCCGCUUUGCGAGACGGUGGCUGCACGCGCGAUUCCCAGCCAGCAGAGGCCGGAGGCAGGAGUAGGAGAGGGUUUCUACGUGUGCGGGACAGAUCGGCACGGCUGGAGCGUUCGCCCUCCAUGAACCGGCCCGAAACUGAUGGACGGGCCACGGCGCCGUCGGGAACUACGUCCGCCUCGGUACUAUCCGCUCCACUGACACCAACACCAUUGAUAUUGACAUCCACCGCGCCGUCUGGAACUACGUCCUCGGUACUAUCCGCUCCACUGACACCAACACUAUUGAUAUCGACAUCCGCCUCGCCGGCACCGUCCAAAGAUGCGGAGGCUAGAGAUGCGAGGGCCAGAGAUGCGGAGGCCAAAGACAUACAGCAUUGGGGGAGGGCAUACAGCAUUGCUAGGGAGAAGCUGGACGAAAGCGAGCGGAUGACGUUCGGUCCCCAAUUCAAAUCUUCGCCGCAGGAAUGCAUCCUUUCAGCGCUCAGGGAGGCGGAUGCCGCCCGAAACGAUAGAAACGAGCAGAAGUGGACGUACAAGAACAGUGCGGGCGAAAUUAUCAGUCUCCGUAACCGCUUUGAUAGGAUCGUUGAGGGGAUCGAUAAGUAUGCUAAAACUGUGGAUAUUGCGGUCAACCAUAGUCCGGAGGUCACCUCUCUGGUCUGGGCCUCGGCGAGGUUUCUCCUUCAAGUCUACCUCAACCACAAAGAGAGUAUCGAAGCUCUCGAGUGUGCGCUCAGCACCAUAAUCACCACAAUGGCAAACUGCAAAUUCUACUCGCGCAUAUGCGCAAACGCCCUCCGUUCGUCGCCGACACCCCUACUGGACGAGCUCGAGGCGGCGCUGCCCGAGUUCUAUGCGGCCGUCUUGGUCUUUUCCAUCAAGGCGAAACACUACUUUGCACCUCCGUCGUAUCUCGGGAGGGUUACGCAGCACCUGAAGCCAUUCUCUUCCGGGAUUCUGCCAUAUUUGGACGAUAUCGAGAGGAUGAAAUCUCAAUUGAAGGAUCUGGCGGAAAUGGCGGAAAUGGAAAGGGUUCACGAUCUUCGAAGUGAGAAAGCGGAAGGCUUGACAGAGGAGUUGGAAGGGCUGAAGUGGAUGGCGAUUUCAGAAGAACAAGCGUUGGAGUGGCUUGCAGCUACGAAUCCGGAAACAUCACAUGACCUACAUUUGAGCAAGCGAACGGCAGGCACUUGUGAAUGGAUCUCCCAGCACAAGGAGUACAUAGCUUGGGUUGAUGGUACCGGGAAGAAAAACCUCUGGAUAGAAGGAAUACCAGGUGCUGGGAAAUCGGUCCUCGCUGCUAAUAUGGUCCCGGAAUUACAGAAGUUAAACGCUGUGGUCCUGUACUUUUUUUUCCGGGACGGCGAUGCAGUGGCCACUUCGGCCACGGCAAUGGUUGCCAGUCUGGUGGCGCAACUCAUAAAGGCCAGCAGUACUAGGAAAGAAAAGGAGCGAUUGAUGCCGAUCCUGCAGUUGUGGUGCCGGUCCGAUGUAUUCUUCAAGCAGACGAAGAGCACCAGAGGCUUCAAGAAACUCUGGGCGAUUUUCACCCAAAUGCUUCAUUGAUAUCCCGGGAAAGUCAUAGUACUACUGGACGCCCUCGACGAAUGUGCCGUCGACGGCAGCGGUGCCGAUUCUUCUAGUGUUGCCGACGCCCUGAAACU